UUUGGAACUCAUAAGAAAGUUGUAAAUAUACAAUGGCCAGCUAAACACUUACUUACUUACUAAAUCAAUUAUUUAAUUAAACUUUCUAGCAUAUAAAAUGAACCCUCCUAGCUUAAAUAACGUACCUCUUAAUUAUAUCUGCGAAGGAUGCCUGUGUGUUGAUCGCAAGCUCACUACAAUUUACGAUGAAGAAUAUAAAAAAAUAUUUAUAGGAAUGCUGGAUUUCAUGGACCAGAUGAAUCAAGAGUGGCUGUUAUGUUGGGAAUGCAUCGCUAAAAUACGUUCUGUGAUACAUUUCAAGAAGAAAGUCCGAGCUGCCCGUGAUUACCUGCUCCAAUAUAUGGUUUACCAAACACCCAUAGCAUCACUGUCAAAUUUGAAAACAACAAUUAAUACAGCUCCAAACUACUAUUAUCAAGAUAAAGAAGAUGACAAAACCUUAUUAUCAUCGGGAGAUGAAAUUGCUACAGCUAAUUUUGUCUCUGAAAGUGCCUCAUAUAGAAACUUUAUAAAUAUAAAUGAAUCUAAUACAAGUAAUGUAGCUCCGUGUACUGAAAAUCAAUUUACUGAAACGAACAAUGGUGUUUCUGAAAUAAGAGAUAGUACAAAUGAGAAUGAAAGUCAAUCUUCGUUUACUAUAAAAAUUGAAGAUAAUGAUUUUGACAAUGAAGGGUUUUGUGGAGAUGAAAAUAAUAGUUUGAUAGGUGAUAAAGAGGUUUUUACUGAAACUAAGGCUGAUGACGAACUUAUCACACAAGCACCUGCUCCCAAUAAAAAGAAAAGGAAAAAGAAGAAACGUAAAAAAGAGGAGUUUAACUCCUCUGAUGAUGAACCACUCAAACCUAGUAAGAAAGAGAAGAAAGAUAAUCAGAUGAAAGGAAAGUCAUUGGAAAAGGAAGAAACAGAGGACAAAACGGCGAAAAAGCGUCGCAAGCGAGAGAAGCCGGCGGGGGUGGUAAACAACCCCCGUGUCGACAGGAACCUGGCACAGCUCAAUGUGAAGGAUGGACAGGUUGAGAUGAUAGUACUUAGCUGGGAGGAGGUAGAGGCAGAACGGCAACGCGCCCGAGAGAGCAUAGUAUUCACCCGACACGAGUACCGCUGUGACGACUGCAUUCUCGGGUUCAACCACCGGUUCAAACUGAACAACCACAUGGCCAAGCACGCCCCUUCAGCCGGUCCCGCGGAGUGUCCAGUUUGUCGCGUCCGCUGCCGAGACGACCACGCUCUGGUCGCCCAUAAGCGACGGCAUCGGGUGAGAUGGCGCUGCGUAGAGUGCGGGGAGCUGUCAUCGCGCGCGGCCGUGGCGGCGGACCAUGUUGCGCGCGCGCACGGCGCCGCGCCCACGCACACGUGUCGUCGCUGCGGAGACACUUUAGAGUCACUCGCAAAACUUCGAAACCACAUGAAGAACCACGCAGAACGGCAAAAAUGCGAGCUGUGCGGGAAAACGUUCAGAGACCGGUCGUCGCUAAGGACACAUUUGUUCAUUCACGGUGGAGAGAAAGAAUACUCAUGUCCACAUUGUGACAAACGGUUCCUGUUCAAGAAGGCGAUGGAGGUCCACUUGGUGACGCACGUCGCGUCCGCCCGUCUCUACUGCCUUGAGUGUGAUAUGACGUUCAAGAACCGCAUGUCAUAUUACCAGCACAAGAAGUACAACUUGAAGCAUAUCGACCCCGAGAAACUGAAGUACAAAUGUCCCCUGUGUGACAAGAAAUUCCUGAAAGCAGCCCGACUCGAGGAGCACAAUAUGGCUGUGCAUUUGAAAGUGACGCCUAUACGGUGCACGAUGCCUGACUGUGACUUUGCUUGCUCGUCGAAACCGGUUCUGCGCACGCACAUACGCAUGGUGCACCGCAACCUGCGCUUCGUGCGUAACCACGUCUGCGACACCUGCGGCAAGGCUUACAUGACGAAGAAGACUCUAGAAGGCCACAUGCGAAGUCACACUGGGGAGAGACCCUUCCACUGCAAUCUCUGCUCGUCUACAUUUUCUUACGAGGCGGCCUUGUACAAUCACAACAAACUCGUCCAUCUCAAGGGCAAGGUAACGCGGCGGGCAGACUGGCCAGUCAUAUAGCCACGCAUUUCUGUUAGUACUACAAUUAUUGUACCCAACCAAUGUACGUAAAGUUGGCGCCACCUGACGGUCAUGAGCACCGCACUUAGUAUGUCUAGACCAUUUACGUGGUGACCUGUACAAACGCAAUUACAAAAGUUUACGACGCCACGUCACGGCAUUUACGUUUAGAAUUUCAAUCUCCAUAUUUAA